AAAAGUAGAUGCAAACAAAACAGAGGCUACUAAAAUUGUGUUCACGAAAAUAAGAAAACAGAGGCUAUAAGAGAAGAAAGCAGAGAAAAGGGGGUUGUUUCGUAUCUUCAAUCUUUGAUCCAUUCCUAAUCCUAGAAACCCCUUUAUUUAUUUAUCUUAUUAUAAAAUAUUCACUUGUUUUUUAUCCUUAAAUAUAGCCAAAUCGUUUCCCCUUGCCUUUUCAACCCGUUUUGCUUGUUGGAUCCGUUACCUUCUUAACUCACAAUUAUUACAUUUCAUUACAAAUAUCAAUUAUUUACCAAAAAGACAAACAUUAAAUAGAAAACAGAAAAGCCAGAAGAAUUAAAACCACAUAAAGAAUCAAGAGAGAAAAUUGAAGGGGUGAAUUUGGGAAUGGUGAUCAUAGACCAAGGGAGGAACAAAGAAGAAAAGGGUAUGCGAUUGGGGAAAUACGAAUUGGGUAAGACACUUGGAGAAGGGAAUUUUGGAAAAGUUAAGUUGGCAAGGAACACAGAUUCUGGACAAUUUUAUGCUGCUAAGAUUCUUGAAAAGAACAAGAUCAUUAAUCUUAAUAACACUGAUCAGAUAAAGAGGGAGAUAUCCACGUUGAAGCUUCUGAAGCAUCCAAAUGUUGUUAGAUUAUACGAGGUCUUGGCUAGCAAAACCAAAAUUUAUAUGGUACUUGAGUACGUGAAUGGAGGAGAGUUAUUUGACAAAAUUUCAUCGAAAGGAAAACUUACAGAAGCUCAUGGUAGGAAGAUGUUUCAACAAUUGAUCGAUGGUGUGAGUUACUGUCACAAUAAAGGUGUCUUCCACAGGGAUCUUAAGCUUGAGAAUGUACUUCUGGAUGCCAAAGGGAACAUAAAGAUUACUGAUUUUAAUCUUAGUGCUUUGCCCCAACAUUGUGGGGCAGAUGGAUUACUACAUACAACUUGUGGAAGUCCUAAUUAUGUUGCUCCUGAGAUUCUUGCUAAUAGAGGUUAUGACGGAGCGAAAUCAGAUAUUUGGUCAUGUGGCAUUAUCUUAUAUGUAAUUCUAACAGGAUACCUUCCUUUUGACGAUAGAAAUCUUGCAGUUCUUUAUCAAAAGAUUUUCAAAGGAGAUGUUCAGAUACCGAGAUGGUUGUCGCCUGGUGCACAAAACAUUAUUAAGAGAAUCCUCGAUCCCAAUCCUAAAAGUCGUAUAACAAUGUCUAUGAUCAAAGAAGACAAAUGGUUUAAGGAAGGUUAUAAUCCUGUGAAUCGAGACGACGAGGAAGAAGAUGUGUCCAAUGAAGAUGAAGCAUUUUCCAUCCAAGAAGUGCCCCUUGAAACAGAACAGGGUAGUCCAGGAUCACCAACACUUAUCAAUGCAUUUCAGUUGAUAGGAAUGUCUUCAUGCUUAGACCUCUCUGGAUUUUUUGAGAAAGAGGAUGUCUCGGAGAGGAAGAUAAGAUUUACAUCAAACCAUUCGCCAAAAGAUUUGAUAGAGAAGAUAGAGGACAUUGUAACAGAAAUGGGAUUUAGAGUUCAGAAGAAAAAUGGAAAAUUGAAAGUGAUACAAGAUAAUAAAGCACAUAAAAGUCUAGGAAGCCUCUCAGUCCAUGCAGAGGUUUUUGAAAUAGGUCUAUCUUUGUAUGUAGUAGAACUAAGAAAGUCUUAUGGAGAUGCUUCAGUAUAUAGACAAUUGUGUAAGAAGUUAUCAAAUGAUUUGGGUACAGGCAAGACACAACUAGUGAGCUCUGAAGAUUUAAGCAUAUGAAGAAAAUUAAUUAGAGGCCAGAUAAUGUAUAUUAUUUUUUUCUGGCGGGUUAGUUAUGUUAGAUACCAAUUGAAUUAGUGAAUCAUGAUUUUAGUAGUUUUAAAUACAUUUUGAGUUUAGUAUUUCAUGCACAUAGUCUACUUUUACAAGUAUACUUAUAAUACAUUUAUACUAAUUAGUCAACUGUUAUUUCA